AUGACUGAAGUCAAGUUCUUGGGCCAUGUAAUUUCACAAGAUGGUAUCACCGUUGAUCCUGCAAAGAUAGACUCUAUUCUACAGUGGGAAAGACCAAAGAAUGUCACUGAAGUUCGAAGUUUUCUUGGGUUGGCAGGCUACUAUCGUCGCUUUGUAGAGAAUUUCUCUCGAAUUGCUAUGCCUUUGACAAAGUUAACAAGAAAAGAAGUAAAGUUUAUAUGGGAUGAUAGUUGUGAAAAAGCUUUUAGAGAAUUGAAGGAAAGAUUAACUUCGGCGCCUGUUCUCACUGUUCCUAAUAGUGAGGAACCAUAUGUGUAUCACCCCGGGAAAGCUAAUGUAGUAGCUGAUGCACUUAGUAGAAAGUCUCAUGGUACUUUGGCAUGUUUGGCUCUUGAGGACUGGAAAAGGACAAUAACAAUGGGUGAUUAUGACUUGCAAUACUAUGAAGGGGAAGGAGUAGCUUGA